AUGCCCCUCGUCGUGCCCCCCGAGACAACUAAUGCGCCAGACAAGACGGAGGAGUGGACGCGCAAACUCGUUGGCAAGACCUUGUCCGAGGACACGACCAGUGAGACGAUGUUCUGCAAAAGGGACCUGCCUGAGGUGUGCCGCGUCAUCGCGCCCGGACAGAUAGUGACGAAGGAUUACCGCCCUGAGAGACUGAAUGUGCAGGUGAAGGAGGACGGGACGGUGGCAGUAAAUCAACAACAAACAAAUAAGCCAUAUCUCCAUCUCUACGCCCUUCUAAAGAACCAAUCCCUCAAGGCUAACCAAAAUCCUCUCUUUCUCUCUCUCUCUAUUGCCAGCAUCACCCCCGGAACCAAAUCCAAGCUCAAAUCCUCCGUCCAGCGCUCCCUCCGCCAAUCCCUCCUCACCACCUUCCCCCUCCUAACCCCCCACAUCGACGCCAUCCUCCCCAAAAAAUCCGACCUGACCGCCAUCAAGCUCCCCGACCGCGCGGUCCUCUACGCCCUCGACGCAUCCACCCCGCUCUUCUUCCAACCCGAGGGCAACCACGGGCCCAUCGUGCCCCAUCUCCGCCUCGUCCACCGAUACCCGGACGCUUUUCCCUCCGUACGCAUCGACAGGGGCGCCGUGCGCUUCGUGCUCUCGGGCGCUACGCUCAUGGCCCCGGGGUUGACGAGCCCGGGCGGGAGAUUACCCGAGGAGAGGGAUACGGGGGAGGAAGGGGAGGGCGAGGUCGACGGGCGGUGGAGUAGGGAGUUGGAGAAGGGGGAGGUUGUGGUCGUUAAGGCCGAGGGGAAGGUGGAGGCUUGCGCUGUCGGGGUUUUGGUUGUGGGGACGAGGGAGGUGAAGGAGAAGAAGAAGGGGCCGGUUAUUGAGGAUGCGCAUUUUCUUGGGGAUGGGCUGUGGUGUAUGCAUUUGGAUUGA